AGUGGAGACUCUUAUCACCAGUUCUCUGGCAUCUGUGAGUUUGAGUGUAGGCCAUCAAGUUCUCCUUCUGUUCUCUUCCUCUCCACACUUCUGGGCACCAUCCCAUCCAUCAGAGCCUUCUUCGCUCAGGCCUGGAGGACUCAGGCCUGUGAGACAGGACGGCCCCAUUGUCGGCCAAGACACCUUUGGGCAAGGAGCAGUGAACAGGACCUGUCCAUCUCAGGCAUCAGCCCCCUGAAGGCCUGAGCAAUGGGGAACGUGAUGGAGGGGAAGUCGGUGGAAGAGCUGAGCAGCACGGAGUGCCACCAGUGGUACAAGAAGUUCAUGACCGAGUGUCCCUCUGGCCAACUCACCCUCUAUGAGUUCCGCCAGUUCUUUGGCCUCAAGAACCUGAGCCCAUCAGCCAGCCAGUACGUGGAGCAGAUGUUUGAGACAUUUGACUUCAACAAGGACGGCUACAUUGAUUUCAUGGAGUACGUGGCGGCGCUCAGCCUGGUCCUCAAGGGGAAGGUAGAACAGAAGCUCCGCUGGUACUUCAAGCUCUACGACGUAGACGGCAACGGCUGCAUUGACCGCGACGAGCUGCUCACCAUCAUCCAGGCCAUUCGCGCCAUUAACCCCUGCAGCGAUACCACCAUGACUGCAGAGGAGUUCACCGAUACAGUGUUCUCCAAGAUUGACGUCAACGGGGAUGGGGAACUCUCCCUGGAAGAGUUCAUAGAGGGCGUCCAGAAGGACCAGAUGCUCCUGGACACACUGACGCGAAGCCUGGACCUUACCCGCAUCGUGCGCAGGCUCCAGAACGGUGAACAAGACGAGGAAGUGGCCGACAACGAGGCUGCUAAGGCAGCCGGCUGAACCCACUGCCCAGCUGCUUCGGCGCUAGCGGGCGGGGUGGUAUGGUGGCGCCUGGCCUUGUUGUUCUCGUCUCAACCCUAGAUAAAAUCUACUCAACUCAGAGGCUUAGCUCGCCUCUUUGGGGUCCAUGAUGGCAGCAGAGGGGCAGGAAUUGGAGUCCAGAGCCAGGAACAGUGAAGAAUGGUUCCUGGCCCCUCCGAGUGACAGCUGGCGGUGGCACUCCCUGCUGGGAGGCAGUGUUCAGCAUCCCUCUAAUGUCAGGUGACCCCCUAGCUCUUCCGGCUCCUCUUCUAGCUUUUCCCAGAUUUCCCUACUGAGCUUCUCCAGUCCAUGCUCUUUCAGACAUGAACUCUGAGCCAGAGCUGAGCUUUCCCAGGCCUCUUAUGGAAUCCUGCAGAUCCUGUGGCUGCAGCCUCAAUCCCAGUGCUGCAAUCACACAUCCAUGCUGCCCUUGGGGGGACCCUGGAGCCUACUUGUGUGCUUUGCAUUUCAUUGAUACAUGCCUCCUUUCAACAAGUAUUUAUUGAGCACCUAUUAAGUACUAAUGUUAGAUGUUAGACAUACAAAGAAGACAGUUCUCAUCCUCAUGGAACUCAAAGGCUAAUGGUGAGACACACAGAUAAACAGCAUUAUAAUAAAAUAUGCUAAGAGA